AUGGACGUAGAACUAGUCGAGGAAAAGCCAUGCGACAACAUGAAAGAGAUCAUUCAUAUUAAUCUUAGAGGUACGAGAUUUUCGACAACCAGAUCGACACUGAGUAGACUUCCAGUGUCUAUACCCGAGGACGAGAGGGGUAUUUAUGAUGCAAGCAAUAAUGAGUACUUCUUUAACAGAAACCCUGGCAUCUUUCACGAGAUCCUUGACUAUUGUGAAACAGGACGUCUUCACCUCCCCGAGAAUGUCUGUUCUCAGAGUAGUCGGGAGGAGCUGGCUUUCUGGGGAAUCCCUCAAGAUUGUGUCCAACAAUGCUGCUGGAAAGCUUUCUAUAAAAUCGACGAUGAGAUGGACGUACUAGACAAACUGUUGAGAUACCUUCCUUUGGAAACUGAUUCGACACGUGCGCAAUCUAAGUUCCAGAGGUCUUCGUUCGGAAACUUUCAAGCAAGGUCGUGGCGUUUUCUCCAUGACUGGAACUAUUCUCGGGCUGCCAAGGUACUGUAA